CAGCCUCCCCAGGCAGAAGACAGGCCUGCUGAGCGCCGUGGAGGACGCCAGACCCGAGGAUGUCGGGGCUUCUGGCCGCUCUGCUCCUUCUGCACGCCGGCUGCCUGGUGGACGGCGCGUGCUCCCCGUUCCAGGCGGGCAACAGAAGCGCCCUCUCGGGCCACGAGGUGCUCAGCUUGCUGCAGUCCGAGCAGCCGUGCCUGAACUUCAGCGGCAGCGAGGUCCACCUGCCCGGCAACGCCAGUGUGGGGGCCCACGUGAAGGAGCUGGACCUGUCCGACACCAUGCUCCGCAGCCUGCCGCCACGGCUCCUGGCCAACGCCGUGGCGCUGCAGUGGCUCAGCCUCGCGGGCAAUGCCCUGAAGGAGCUCCCGCCGCAGAUCUUCAAGAACACGCCCCGCCUGACCAGCCUGCAGCUGCCGAGGACCCCGCUCUCCUUGCUGCCCACCUUGGGGCACUGCCUGGGGACGCUCACCGUGGACUGUGCGUGCGGCGUGGCUGGCAGCAUUAGGCACUACUGCCAGAACUGCUCGCUGGAGACUGCGUGCCGUUGCGCUUCCCCCGGCGGCCUCCUCAACGCCACAGACUUCUUUGCCCGGCGCUGCCGUGGCCCGCCGCCGGGCGUUUAUGCCGCCGCCGUGCUCCCCGUGGUGGCUUUGCUCCUGGUCGCCGGCCUGGCCUACUUCCUGAUCCAGAAGAGGCGGAAGGCCACCUUUGCCCAGGAUAAGCGGACCUCCCCGGGCUCCGAAGGGGCACACGGCCAGCCCCGGUACAUCCAGCAUGCCAGCCCGCAGGGCGAUGCGGCCAGGGGGGCCGCAGGGGACACCAGCGACUACGCCAACAUCUUCCUGGAACAGCCCCAGGGCGCCAGAGUGAGGCACGGCGGACAGCACAGCUGCCCCCCCGGCCCCCUGGAAGGAGAGCAGCCGGUCUAUGCCAACACGCAGGACCUGUACUACAACUACUGCGGGCCGGUCGGCAACAGCCCAGAAGCCCUGGAGGAGGAGCUGUACAUCAUUCCGGAUAAGUGAGGUCCGUGAACACGGCCCCACUGCGCCCAGCCCGCAGAGGGCCUCCCAGCCAGAUGCACCCCCUGUACUGACGUGUGGCACCUGAUCCGGAGAUGGCGCACAGCACAGAAUUUGGAGGACUCCCGCUGCGCAGGACCGAGAUGCCCAGGACUUAGACCCCCACUGCCUCCUUCCUAAACUUAUUGCAAUCCAGGCAUUAAAUCAUUUGGGGGUGAACUUGGCCCCUGACACCCCCAAA